GCAGACAAGCGGGGAGCGACAGAAACUUUCUUCUCAAAGAAAGCUGAUCUUUUAAAGCUUUCGAGGGACGUCCAGAGGACACCAGUGGAUUAUUUAUUUACCUGGGAGAGAGCACAUUAUAUUUCUAGGUUUUACCAGGGUUUUCGCCAUUCUUCCUGUCUGCCCAUGGUGCUUUCUAACAGCAAUGGUGUAUUCGAUACCGUCGAUAAUCCUCAUGAAGUGUUUUCAGAAGAAUGAAGAUACCCGGGUAACAAGGGUGAAGACUUUACCAGACCGGAGGAGUUGAGCUCGGAGCCGACCGGACCGGAGGAGUUGAGCUCGGAGCCGACCAGACCGGAGGAGUUGAGCUCGGAGCCGACCAGACCGGAGGAGUUGAGCUCGGAGCCGACCAGACCGGAGGAGUUGAGCUCGGAGCCGACCAGACCGGAGGAGUUGAGCUCGGAGCCGACCAGACCGGAGGAGUUGAGCUCGGAGCCGACCAGACCGGAGGAGUUGAGCUCGGAGCCGACCAGACCGGAGGAGUUGCGCUCGGAGCCGACCAGACCGGAGGAGUUGAGCUCGGAGCCGACCAGACCGGAGGAGUUGCGCUCGGAGUUCAACAAGAUCACUUCCUGAUGAUGACAGUAAACAUGGAUGACGAGGAGGCUCUGAACUCCAUCAUGAAGGACCUGGCAGCUCUGGGUCGCUGCUACACCCAGCAACACGACAGCAGCAGCCACAAACCUAAGCCCGGGACCUUGCUGUACAAACAGGAUUUAAGAGUCAAGCUGGAGCAUGAGAGAGAGAAACGCAUCAUCCCGUUCCAGCGACCUCUGAAGAUCAAGGAGCUGCUCCACAAGGUCACAGAGGCCUUUGGACAACACAUGGACCUCUUCUACACAGACAGAGAGCGGCUGGUUCCUCUAAAGAGCCAGGAGGAUCUCGACAGAGCGGUCCUCAACGUGGGCUCUAGCAGCCUGCUCAGACUCCUGCUGAAAACUCCCAAGAACAACCACUUCCUACAGGUGGGCAGCAGGGACAAACAGAGCGAGCUGAGGUCGUCCCGUUCUCUAGGGGAUCUGAAGGGCUGUAUACUCAAGAGCUCAGAGAGGGUCCGAAAACACUCCACAGGCUCUCUCCAUGCAGGUCGUAGGUCCCCCCCUCCAGGCUCGGUCCCCGAGGAGCAGCAGCAGAUUGGCAGGCAGGGCUCCUUCACCUCGAUUCACACAGAGGGACAGUUUAUACCUGAGGGCCUCGAUCAGAAGUUGCUGGAGCCCUUUGGCAGUGCAAACAACUCUCUGUCCAGCAGCUGCCACUCAAUAGACCAAGCAUUGGACAGCCCUCCUUUUUCCCAGAACAACCGAGACAACAACUAUCUGAGCCUCAGAGGGCGCCACAGUAAAGGAGGAACUUUCCCUCGUCAAUUCCACUUGUCCAAUGGCAGCAAAGACUACAGCGAUGGUCGGAGGACCUUCCCUCGGAGCUUCAUGCCUCAGGAGAACCUGUUUCAGCUGGUUCCAUCCAGUCAGUCCCGGAGUUACAACGGAGACAGCACUCUACAGUACAGCGACCUCAGAACACUGGGCCGAGUCACAGAGAAGAGCUGCCCCCGCAAGGAAGCACCCAAAUCUCCGCAGGCGCCGGUGAACUGGCGUCAGGGGAAGCUGCUGGGUCGUGGGGCGUUUGGGGAGGUAUACCUCUGUUACGACGCCGACACCGGACGGGAGCUGGCCGCCAAACAGGUGCCCUUUGACCCCGACUGUCAGGAAACCAGCAAGGAGGUGAAUGCUCUGGAGUGUGAGGUGCAGCUGUUGAAGAACCUGCAUCAUGAGCGGAUCGUUCAGUACUACGGGUCUUCCAGGGACCUGGAGAAGAGGAAACUCACCAUCUUUGUUGAGUUCAUGCCUGGGGGUUCCAUUAAGGACCAGUUGAAGGCAUAUGGUGCGCUGACAGAGAAGGUGACGCGGCGCUACACCAGACAGAUCCUCCAGGGAGUCUUCUACCUUCACAGCAACAUGAUCGUACACAGAGAUAUUAAAGGUGCCAACAUCCUGAGAGACUCCACUGGCAACAUAAAGCUGGGGGACUUUGGGGCCAGUAAACGCAUACAGACCAUCUGUAUGUCAGGAACUGGCAUCAAAUCGGUCACCGGUACACCUUACUGGAUGAGCCCAGAGGUCAUCAACGGAGAAGGAUACGGACGCAAAGCUGAUGUCUGGUCUGUGGCGUGCACAGUGGUGGAGAUGCUUACCCAGAAGCCUCCCUGGGCGGAAUACGAGGCCAUGGCAGCCAUCUUUAAGAUAGCCACACAGCCCACCAAGCCCAUCCUCCCUGAGGGCGUCUCCGAGGCCGCCCGGGACUUUGUGCGCCAGGUGUUCAUAGACGAGAAGUGGCGUCCCACGGCCGAGAACCUCCUCUCACACCCCUUCGUCCAAGGGGGGUUCUGACCCUAACCCCUGACCUCUGACCCCUCCAGGGCCACCCUGCCUUCAAGGCCUCUCCACAGCUCCAGUCCUCCUGGCUUCCAGGGCCCAGCACCAUAAUGCCAACUGACCCCAGACCUGAUCAUAACCUGAGCCCCAGUCUCUCUCCUUCACCAGCUAACUGACCCCAGACCUGAUCAUAACCUGAGCCCGAGUCUCUCUCCUUCGCCAGCUAACUGACCCCAGACCUGAUCAUAACCUGAGCCCUAAUCUCUCUUAUAUUCUGCUUGUAUUGUGAUCACUGAUCACCUUUUAUAUUCUGUUUGGUUAAGAGCAAAUUCUGAAAAUACAUUCUGCCUGCCAGGACUGUAAGUUAGUCAUCAAAUGUCCCUGUCGUCUUUGAGUGUGAACAAUUUGUGAACAAUUUUUGAAAUACAUCCUAGAUGAACACUUGCAGUUUACCUUAACAGUUGAUGACUAUAUUUUGACCAGAGAUGUGUACAUUGAGUUUUGUCUGAAUUGCCAAACGCCUUACAAUGUUACAUCUACAGAAUGACCCUGUUUCUACAACAUAGCACUGGCGUUGCACAUUUUAUACCACGUGUUCAGUAGGUGCCCCCUAACCCUAACCCUAACCCCAACCCCAACCCCAACCCCAACCCUAACCCAACCCCAACCCUAACCCCAACCCUAACCCUAACCCUAACCCCAACCCCAACCCUAACCCCAACCCUAACCCCAACCCUAACCCUAACCCUAACCCCAAUGCAGGAUAAUCAACAGGAUAAAAUAGAUGCUGUAAAUAUAUUUCACAUUUUUAUAAUUUCAUAAUGAGAGAAAUGUUUUUUUUAUUCCAAUGUUUGGAGAAAAAUACCAAACAUUUUAUAUUGUUGUGAUUGGUUACUCAUCGUGUAUAAACGAGCAAUUCUCCUA